AUGGGUGGUCCACAAUAUGAUAGAAAUUUUGGAGGCUAUCGAGUAUUUUGUGGUGAUCUUGGAAGUCGUACGAAUAAAUUUGAAUUAGAAAGAGAAUUUGAUGCAUUUGGUCUACUUGUUGAUUGUUGGGUAGCACGUAAUCCACCAGGUUUUGCUUUUAUUGUUUAUAAACAUGCUGAUGAUGCUGAACGUGCUGUUGAAGAACUUGAUGGACGAACUAUUUGUGGACGUCGUGUUCGUGUUGAACAUGCUCGACCAACAGGAGGUAAAAAAGGUGGAUCAUUUGGGCGUGGUUAUUUACGCCAAAGAUCACCUGGCUAUCGAUCACCAGAUUCAAAACGAGAUGAUGAUGAUCGACGAACAGGACGACGUGAUCGACGACGUUCACCAAGCCGUUCACGAUCUCGUUCAUCAUCAAAAGAAGAACGUCGAUCAUCACGACGACAUCGUCGUUCUCGAUCACGUUCAAAAAAAGAAAGUAAACGUAAACAUCGUUCAUCAUCAAGUCGAUCACCGGUAGAAAAAAAAUCUCGUCAACGAAGUUCAUCACGCGAACGUUCAUCAACACCGGUUGAAAAAAAUCAUGAUCGCACAUCUCGAUCACCAUCCAAAGAUGAUGAUAACAAAAAAGAAGGAAAGAAAAACGAUAUUGAUAAAUUGAAUAAUGAAAAAAUUGAUCAAGAUGAUAAUGAUGAAAGUCGUUCAUCACCAAUACCCGGAGAAGCUGAAAUGAAAAAUAAUAAUGAUGAAGACUAG